UUUGAUAUUUUAAGGAUGGGAAUGAUAAGAGACGCGGAGAAUCAAUUUCUGUUAUCUUUACAACGUUGUCCUAUGGUGGAAACGUUUGUUUUAUUGGGAAAAUGUUAUCGAAGACUGGAUCAGCCUCUUUCAUGUGUGGAACGUCUCAGGAAUGGCUUGGAACAAUUCCCAAAUGAACCAACAUUAAUGACUAAUUUAGCCAGAAUAUAUGAGGCAUAA